AUGGCUACCCCCAAUAUUCUUACCUUUGAUACUGAGGGUCGUGCUGUUGACUUUGAGGUCUGGGUCGAUGACCUCCAGCUGUUCUUCCUGUGCGAUAGGGCAGACAACCUCUCCCUGUUGGACCUCACCUCUGGUGCCUCCCCUGCCCUGCCUGCUACUGCUGACAGCACUGUUCGGGACCACUUCCUCUCAGUUUGCCCCACCACACUCACCGUUGACCUCUUCGAAGAGCGCCUCCUAGCAGCAGAGAAGAGCAUAGUCGCUGUAGGAGCCUCUCGUGGUUACCCUCGCACCCCCGUCUUUGAGGGAUGUUCCCCCUCCCCCCUCUUGCCCUCUGUUGCUUCUGCUGCUGCGGCCGACCUCGUUGGUUUCUACGGGGUCCGCGCUGCGUCUGCCCCUAGCGGGAGACGCCGCACCAGCAAGGGCAAGGGGGCAAGGGAGCUGGAGGGGCUAGCGGGGGCAGUGGAGGUGGUGGUGGAGGAAGUGGAGGGGGUGGGGGUGGUGGUGGGAGUGGUGGCGGGGUUGGCGGCGGCGGUGGCAGCAGUGGAGGCGGAGGAGGCAGCGGUGGUGGCGGAGGGAGCGGAGGCGGCGGAGGUGGCGGAGGCAGCGGAGGUGGCGGAGGCGACGGCGGCAGCGGCGGUGGAGCUGGUCGCGACUCUGCGCAGAGGAGUGGGUCCGGUGCGCGGUGGGGGUACUGGUCCUUGCACUUACGUCCUCCGUACCGGCGACUGCGCUGGUGAGCAGUGCGGGGGCCCGCACUCCACCCAGCGCUGCUUCGGCCGCCUGACGGAUGUGUGGCGUCACCAGUUCCCUGAGGCAUUAGAGAUCCCUCGCUGGGGAGAUCUGUCUAGGGCGGGGGUUGCCAUCUUUGAUCUUGUUUAUGAUGCUAUCCUUGCUGCCAUGUAUGUUGUGUCUACUAGUGCUGAGGGUGACUGUUACCUAUGUGUAUCGCCUGACCCGGGCUUUGAGGCGACUGCUCUAGGUGCUGGUGAGGCUGCUGCUCUAUGUGCUAGUGCGCCUGCUGCCCCAGGUGCUAGUGUGUCUGCUGCCCCAGGUGUUAGUGAGUCUGCUCUCUCAGGUACUACGUCGGCUCAGGCCUUACACACCUUCACCCUUGACUCGGGUGCUUCCCGCUCCUUCUUUCGAGACCGCACCACGCUUACGCCAAUUAGUCGGCCGGUUGCAGUCCCCUUGGCGGACCCCUCUGGGGGUCCUGUCCUUGCUAGCUUCUCAACUGUCUUACCGUGGCCGGCAGCCCCCUCUGGCACCCUGUCAGGUCUCUACCUCCCCUCUUUCUCUACGAACUUGGUGAGUGGAGCGGACCUACAAGAUAGGGGGGUUGACCGGUUCACUCCUGCGAGUCAGCAGGUAACCCACUGCACGUGUGCUCGGAGAGGCCGACACUUGGCCACGUUCACCCGUCGGCCAGGGUUGAGCUUGUACACCCUUACUACUGAGUCUCCUCCGGCUGCUGAGUCUGGCCACGUAGCUGCGUCGAGUCAGGUGUUUGCUGCAGCGUCCAAGUCAAGUCCUGAGUCUGCUUCCUGCUCUUGUCGUCUCCUGUCCCACCAGACUCUCCUUUGGCACCACCGUCUUGGUCACCCCUCCCUGCCUCGUCUCCGAGGCAUGGCCUCCCGUGUCCUUGUCUCUGGUCUCCCCCGGUCUCUCCCUCCCCUACCUCCGGGGCCUGCCCCUACCUGCGUCCCCUGCGUCGAGGGGCGACAGCGCGCCGCCCCCAACUCCUCCGAGUUUCCUGUGACAGAGGCUCCGCUGCAGACUCUCCACAUGGACGUGUGGGGCCCUGCCUGCGUCCGUGGACAGGGGCACGAGUGUUACUUCCUGUUGGUGGUUGACGACUACUCGCGUUACACCACAGUCUUCCCCGUGCGCAGCAAGGGUGACGUCAUUGAGGUGUUGAUCGACUCGAUCCGCGCAGCUCGUCUCCAGCUCAGGGAGAGUUUCGGCUCGGACUUUCGUGUUCUGCGUCUGCACUCUGACAGAGGCGGGGAGUUUUCCUCUGCCCGUCUGGGAGCCUUCUGUCGUGCACAGGGCAUCCGCCACACCUUCACGCUUCCGAGCUCUACGCAGCAAAAUGGGAUUGCUGAGUGCCACAUUGGCAUGGUCAUGGACGUCGCUCGUACGUCCAUGAUCCAUGCGGUUGCCCCCCAUUUUCUGUGGCCGUUUGCGGUUUAG